AUGUGGCCAAUGUGCAGGCGCGCUGUGCAGACCUCCUCCCCACGUCUACAGCCACCGUACCUGCCGGUAUUUCGUCUCGCACCGCAGACAACGUGCGCGGAGUGCGCCCUCCAGUCACCGGCAUUGUUGCCUGUGCAACGCCUCUCCUCAUGCCCACCCGACUUUCUGGGAUCGGUUCCAACAUGCAGAGAGUCGGGCGCUCUUGCUCCUGCCUACAGCGUCCAUUCGUCGCGACCCCCGCCCGCUACGCAACUCCCAGAGCCGCCCGCCAGAGCACCACUGCUCUCUGAUGCGGGCGGUCGCGGUGUCCAGGAGCUCUCGCACGGAACUCGGGGGGUCGACGCAAAAGGAGGAGCAGCUCCGUUGAUCGCGCAGCGUGAGAAGUGCCAGGCGCACCCGUUUCUUCCAAAUCUGGAUACCUCGGCUUCUCCUGAGCAUGUCCUGACGACGGCCCCCCGUGGUCGGUCCCCGACCCUGGGCGACGGCUGGCGAAGGCAGCGGUUGCUGUCGGCACUGGUCCUCCUGCUGCUCUGUGGCGCAGCACCGGUGGCCAGAUGCGCCGAGACGACUGCAGGCGAGGCGGCACGGCGCUGUCUCCCCGCUGCUGGCGGCGGCGAGACAGCCGAAGGCGGCGGCAGGUCCGAGUUCCCGGCCGACCUCUUCAGCCAGCAACAGAGGCAGCGGGGCUGGGUGGCGUUGCACUUCGCGGGAACCGCGUACGGGCUGGCGCUGCUCGCCAUUGUCUGCCAGAAGUACUUCGUCCCGUCCCUGGAGGUCAUGGCCGACUACUUCCGAGUUCCUACCGACGUUGCCGGAGCAACCUUCAUGGCCAUGGGCACAUCGGCACCAGAACUGUUUUCUUCCGUCUUCGGUUUGUUCGUGAGUGAAGGCGACAUCGGAGUGAGCACAGUACUGGGUUCGGCAGUCUUCAACAUCGUUGGAGUCACCGGUGUUAUCGGGCUCAUCGUUUGGAAAAAGACAGUGGACAUCAGCUGGUACCCGGUGACGAGAGACUGCAUUAUGUUCGCCGUCACUGUCUUGGCCCUGGUGGUUAUCGUCUGGGACAACAGCGUCGCCUGGUGGGAAGCUAUGAUCAUGUUGCUCAUGUUCAUCCUGUAUAUAGUCUACAUGUCAUUCGACUCGCACAUCUCCAAGUGGUCUCAACGAAAGGUUGACAAACUUAAGUUGUUUCGACGGGUUGCUUCAAUAACUACAGCAGUGAAGCCUGCGGACGAAAAAACGCCGCUGUUGACAACGCAGACAAUUAUAUACGUGGAGCAGGACCGACAAGAAGAAGACAGCUCGGGAAUCGACUCUCUUGGUAGCUCCUCGUUGUCUGAGAACGAGAAUGUUCUUCUUAGUGGACACGUACGCAAGAUGGAAACUGGAGAGACGUGCGGUGCCUGGUCGAUGCCUUCCGGCGGGUCUCUGUGCCUGCUCGGCUGGCUCCUGUUGUGGCCUGGACUGCUGCUGAUGAGCAUGACCAUCCCGGACUGCCGCCAGUCACGCUUUCGCAUGUGGUUCCCUCUCACCUUUGUGGCAGCCAUCGUCUGGGUCGGUCUACUCUCGUACUUCAGCGUCUGGAUGGUUACUGUUAUCGGAGACACCUUUGGAAUCCCAGAGACCGUUUCAGGAAUAACACUCCUGGCUAUAGGCACGAGCAUGCCGGAGGCAAUAACCAGCGUUAUCGUUGCCAAGAAUGGACUGGGAAACAUGGCCCUGUGCAACUUGCUGGGCAGCAACGUCUUCGACAUCCUCUUCUGCUUGGGCGGGCCGUGGUUUGUAAAGGCAGCCUUCUUCUCGCCCGAUCAGCACAAAGUGCUUUUCAGCAGCGCCGGCGUCAGUUUCAGCGCCGCUGUCCUGCUGACGCUCGUGCUCAUACUCUACCUGUUCCUGGCAGGGUUCCGCUGGAAGCUCGACCUUCGCGUCGGACUCGCCUGUCUGCUGCUGUACGCCGCGUACAUAGUGAUCGCGUGCAUGUACGAGAUGAAUGUGUUCGGUGUUGUGAACAACCUCCUGUGCUUGUAGAGGUUAUUACGCCCCCGUCGAUGUGUGUGUAUAUACCAUGUAUACUUGUACUCUAAGCGGCUGUUUCCGCUGAAAUUGAAAGCGUUUAGUCUGUGAAUGCCAUGCGAAAUAUAGUCAGGAGCACAGUAUUACCGCGUGCUAGUGCUUUACACGUGAUCCAGAGGCUAUAUCAAUGAUGGAUGUCGAUGCAGGAAGAAAAGGGGAGAGGGGAGGGGAGAGCGAAAGCAGUUGUUUACAGAUAAUAUAAGCUGAAAGGCACACCGGAUAACCAGUUUCUCGGUUUAAUGAUUCUGCAUAGCGUUAGGAAACCGUUAUAG